AUGCUGGAAGCCUAAGCAGGAACUACCUCAAGUGUCACUGGCCUCGAAGCUGCAUGAGCCUUCGAGACCUUGUAUCUCUUCCACUUUGUCAAUACAUCCAUCCUGCAACUGAAGUCAGGUGUAUCGCGUUUACCGGCCGUGAUCUCCCCUACCCCAACCGGUCCUAUCCACUCGCGAUACACGACCUUGGGGUGUUCGGCUCCACGACGAGUGUCCCCUGGUCCCUCCGGAAAUGUGGCUUCGGAAGCUUGGACAGACAAGGCGACAACGAACUCGGCAUUGGCGGGCGUGACGCAGUGCAGCCGACGCGUGCUGGGCUCAUACCCCCACGCGACAGUCGUUCGGACGGCGCCGCUCUGCGAGCGCGCUUGGCGGGCCGGUCAUCGCUGCUAGGCUCCAGGGGAUCGGUGGACGUCUGGACCCAGUAUCCAAACAAUUGACCGCGCACGUCGCGGCUCGUAAGAGCUGUUGACGCUCGCUCGUGUCUCUUGACGCCGUGGUCGAACUCGGGUCCCUCAGCCGUACUCUAUACG